AUGCCAAGAGACAAUUGUGACGACAUCUUUACCUCCAGUCCAUACCAGAACAUCCGAGUAAAGGUAAAUAUUGGCACUGUCUGCAUUGCUUUAGAGAGACUCGGUAUAUACAAACUCUUUUGAUUAACUUGGCUCCCAUCAUUGACUUUUGCGUAUAAAUUAAAACUUAAAAAAAAAAUCUUUAUUUUUGUGGUGCAAUUGUUUAACACAUACUCUUGCAAUGCCCCAACAGCAGUGACACGGAUUGUACUGUACAUACAUCAACAAAUAGAAGGCAUUUGAUAUUACUGCACACAUUUUUAAAAUAAUUACUAAGAUUACAGGCUAGUCUAACAUGUUCGAGGUAUAUAUUGAAUCAUCUGGCGUGGUCAAUGUGUACUACCUAGACAUGUCAGUGGUCAUAUGAAAAACGUGUUAAAUAACAGGCUUGAUAGACAGGAGCACAUAGAAGUGAAGGAUGAGCAAGUAGGUUGCCAGGCUGGCCCAGUUGUCUACAUUAGGUUGUUAGGUAACAGGCUAUCUGCACAUACACCUAGAAGCAAUAAAGUGUGCCAAUUGUCAGCCUAUAUUGGGCUGCCAUGAAGAGUAAAGCAGUGAACAAUAAUAAAAAAUAAAAAAAAAAGCAAGCUAGUGUGGGCAUAUUCUGGGUGAUUGGUACCCCUGAGCUCUUGCAAUUCUGGCGUAAAUUACGUGAGAAGUAAACCCACUACAACCUGACCCUCAGUCACAUGGCUUCACUGCGCUGCUGAUAAAUUAAAACUUUUAUAUACUUUGCAUCAAUGUCCACUUACAUUUCUCGGUCUGUGUGGGUUUAUUAAAUAAUGCGCUUGUAUUUCACAUCUAGUCAUCUACUAACUUAUACAAUCUUGCUAUAGUGAAUAGAUGAUACAAAAUACAGAUUAAAAAAAGCAUGUGUCCAAUAAAAGUUUUAAAAAGUUUUUUUAUUUUUUUUUUAUUUACAAGGCUAUUUAAAAUCUCCUAUCUUGGCAAAAAAAUAUAAGGAUUCAAUUCCACCAUAUUGUGUUAAGCCCAUCACUAUGUCACAGUACCCCAAUAUCGGUGGGUCCUACACUAAUUCCAACAAGGCAUAUUUACAUAUAACACUUACAGCUUAAACUGCUUCCAGAGACUCCAUUUUUGCUUUCCUGGUGUCCCCUCCAAAGAGCACCCAUAGUGGAUGUGUGGGGUGGAUCCAAAUUUGCUAAGGAAUAUAUACAUUAUACAGGUAAAAACACGGCAGACACACGGUUUUACAUGUUGUGUGUAACUAAAUCCUCAUUUGUUUGCCAAGAGGUUCGAAGUAGACUUGUAACGUUUAUUUUAUUUAUAUAUUUUGGUCUUUAAGGCUGCACCACUAUGGAGAAAUGCCUGUUUCUGGUGUGCCCCCAUUUCCAAUUCCAUUCCAGUGAAUAGAUUAUGAUACAUAAUUAAAAAUACAUUUGCCACCAUCUUUCUUUUUAGAUGACUGGCUCUCUUCAAUUAUUUCACAAAACAAGAAGGGAUCUAUCAAUUGUAAGCUUGCUUGAGCAUGGUGAUCAGUAACACGUUUCAAACAGCACAGUUAUGCAGAGUAUGUUGGAGCUAUAUGAAUGCUAGUGUUUUUUGCAUUCGUUAAAAAGCCAGACUUCUUCCUUAUGUUCACAGCUGCCACCUCUGGAUAUUUCCAGUGACUUUUCCUUCGAGCUGCAGGAUGCCAGUCAAAGUUCUCAAGAUACAGGACUCUGCUUGGAUGCUACCCCUGAUCUGUCCUAUCUCAAUCCUGAAAUGCUAAAACCUGGAGAAUUGUAA